AUGGCCGACCUCCUAGGAAGUAACACCAACCUUGACCUCCUCGUUCUUUACCACAAAACGUCCAACGGAGUCAAACAGGUCAUCACCGAAGGAAAAAUGUCUAGUAUGCCCAAAAAGGCCAACGCGAAGUCUGUAGCGGACAAGGUCCUGAUGACCGCCACUAUUUUCGACUACCUGCGAGACCUCAGCGACAAAUGGACCAAGCCCAGCCAAAACAUUGAAUUGAUCUCUGACGAAUUCGACGCGCAAUACACCCGCCAAUAUGUCAACAAAAGGCCGGCGGGCAAGCCGCUCGAGAUGCCUAAGGCCCCCCGCGACGUCAAGCACUGGGGUUUGCGUACCAUAUGGGCCUACUGGAUUGACAGACACCUGGGCAAAGUUGAACAGGUGCAGGCCGAUUGGCACAAGACCGCUAAGGGCAAGAUGGAAGGCUUAGGCGUGAAGGACCCAAACGCGAAGAAGUUUGCAUACCAAUUUAUGACGACGCGCAAUGCAGCAGUGGGCAACUUGAAGUUCCCACAGAACAACCCGGGUAAGCCACUUGCCGGUACUGCGACAAGUUCAUCAAAUGAUCAGAGUAAAUACGGAAUGUGGGGCGACAAUCAGCUAGGAAAGCUGGGCCUGUAG